CAUUGAAAUCUUUUCAUAAAAAAGAUAUGAAAUUAAUCAGCUGAUUUAUAAUGAUAAGCUAGGGAAAAACGAGAAAAUCACACAAUCAACUUGUUCACGUACACAAUAGUAAGUGUUGGUAAACGAAAAAUGGUGGUAUGAUGAAAACCAUGAACAACUGUUUCACUAGGAAGAUCAACAGUGCAGUAUUCGAUCAAAUGGACCUGUAACGCUACACGCUUGUAAGUCAUAUUAACCAUAUAACCAUGUUAUUUGUCUACUAUAAAUGUUUUAAUUUUGAAAUAUAACAAAUCCAAUACACUUACAGAAAGUUUCUACAAAAUUAAUUGAAAAUAUAUAAAGUGCAUGGACCACAUAAAAUUAGACCAAUAUAAUGCAGUCCCAACUAGCAACAACUUCACGGAAAUUACCAGUAUUUGUAUUUCCUCACAGUAUCACUUUCUUUUUGGACGAUCAGUCUACUCACAAACGAGUUUUAACAUUGCAUAACCCAUAUGAUUUUCCAAUAAGAUUUAAAGUACUAUGCACUGCGCCAAAUAAAUAUAAAGUUGUUGAGCCAGAAGGGACAUUAAAAUCACGAUAUUGUAUUGACAUUGUUGUCAGACAUACAGCUGUUGUAUUUAGUAAUUGCAAUGUUGUCGACAAAUUUAGGAUACAAAUGCAAGAACAUCCAACUAAACAGACCAUAGGACAAAGAGAUGUUGAAGCUAAAUUACUUCCUGGUACAGAAACAGUUGGAAGAUCUACACCAGAUCCUGAGAUGUUUCAACAACUUCCAAUAAAUGAAACUAGACAACAACAAUCUUAUGCUCUCAUAACUCAAAAUAAAGCAAUUGACAGAGGGACAAAUUAUAUAGCAUUAUUUGCUGGAAUAAUUUGCAUAAUUGGAUUGCUUUUGCCUACAGAAGGAGAACAAAAUAAUAGAGUGCCUGAUUAUCUUCAUUUGUCUGUAAAUUUUAAAUUAAUAUUUUCAUUUGUAUUGGGUAUGGUCACAAUUAUUAUUUUAAGGUUGUAACUUUUGUCUUUAUACAUAUAAAACAAACUUAUCAUGAUUAAAAUCGUGAAAUAAAAGCACAAUUAAUGUUAGGUUUUUUUAACAUUGGGCCUCAUUUUUUGUCACUGGAUAUACCUAACACUAGUCUGUAUACAAUAAACUGUCACACUAUAUUGUGGCUAAUAUAAAUAUUUAUUAACAUAUAUAAAAUCUUUUACUCUUUUAAGUGUGUGAUGAAUAUAUUCUUAUUCAAAUUUGUGCUUCAUUGCCUUAUGUAUGCAUAAAAAAGAUUUGUACAUAUAUUAAAAUUUUAGCAAAAUUACAGUCUUUUUAUAUAUUUCACGUUAAAAUAUAAAAAUACAUUAAUGUUCAUAUCGGAAUUAAUGCUUUGUAUAUAAAAGCAUUAUGUAUACAAAAUACAUUAAUAAUUAUGCAUAUAUUCUAAAGAAACACGAUCUCGUGUAAAAAUGUAUAAAUAUCCUUUGUAAAAUGGGCUUCAAAUUUUAAGUACUCUUAAAUAAAAGUAUUUGACAUAUA